GAGCCGUGGCGGCACCCGCCAAUUGGUGCUGCAUCCCAAAAUUUCGACGUGCAAGCGGACCUGGAUCGAACUUCACGCCCAGUCACUCGAGGACGACUAACCACACAGCACAACCGUCAAGAUGGUCUCCGCCAAGAAGCACGUCCCUAUCGUCAAGAAGCGCACCAAGCGCUUCGCCCGUCACCAGAGUGACAGGUUCAUGCGUGUCGACCCCAGCUGGCGCAAGCCCAAGGGUAUCGACUCGCGUGUCCGCCGACGCUUCAGGGGCACUCAGGCCAUGCCCAGCAUUGGCUACGGUACCAACAAGAAGACCCGCUACAUGAUGCCCUCCGGCCACAAGGCCUUCCUUGUCAACAACACCAAGGACGUCGAGCUCCUGCUCAUGCACAACCGCACCUACGCUGCCGAGAUCGCCCACGGUGUCUCUUCCCGCAAGCGCGUCGACAUCAUCGCCCGCGCCAAGCAAUUAGGUGUCAAGGUCACCAACUCCAAGGCCAAGGUCACCACCGAGGUCUAAGCGAAUCGACGUUUGGAGAAUUGGAAGACUCUUGAGGGGGGUAAACCUGGGGAAGGAC